UGACCACAGCGCAAAAAUGGGAUUUUCUCAAAGUAGUUUGUAAAUCUGAACAAACAUAUCUGAAUAACAUUCUUUGGUUAUUUUAAUUUUAGUCGUCACAUGCUUUUAUUUUCAUAAAAUGAGUAUAUGUACCGACUUAAGUUUUUUUCUAAGUUGUUAUUCUUCCGAACUCAGUUUAAUGUUUUUCUUUAUCAUUGUGAGAUCGCUAAUAAAAUAUGUUUGACAGCCGGUGCAGAUCAUUUCCGGUUUAUAUCUGACGUGUUGUCAAACCAAUGGAGAGUGGGAAAGAUAGACUUCAAACGUCAGAUUUGAGGUCAUAUCAAAGGAAACGUCGACUGUUAACGUGUCUGCAAAGGCUUAGCAAAUUGAUGAUGACUAUUUCUGUUAUUCUCUUCAUAAUAAUUUAUUUCCAGUCAGGAAAUGGCUUUCAUCAGAAGCAGAUUACUCAGACAGCUAAUUUGCCACAGAAAUUUUUCCCAUCUCAUAGCCGAGUUGCAGAUUACCCAUUUGGAAAUCUUCAACCUGUUGUCAAGCUUCUUGGUGAUGAAGAGUUGAUCUUUGUCAUGUACUAUGCACCCUGGUGUGCUCAAUCUGUUCGAGUAAGAGGAGAAUUCAUCAGAGCUGCUAAAGUUCUAUAUAGCACUGUGAAGUUUGUAGCUAUCAAUUGCUGGUAUGUUGAGGGAGAAUGUAGACAGAGGAUGAAGUUUUAUUCCUAUCCUGAGCUCUUUAUUUACCAUACUGGCGUUACAGAUGGUUACAGAUUUACAGGUAUAAAAGAAGCUGAGUACUUUGUAAGGUUUGCUGAAAGUUUUAUAUAUCCUCUAAAGUCACUGAGAACAGAUGGACAGAUUAAAGAGUUUAUUGUUCAAAAUGAUAAUGCAGUGAUUGGUUAUUUUGAUUUUAACUCCUCCCCUCAGCCACCAGGAUCUGCCCCACAACAACAAGGACCCGCCUUCCAUCAGUUCUAUCUUACAGCUUUAAGAGUGACAUCUCAUGAUGUGUAUCAACCUGUAAGAUUUGGAGUUGUAACUUCACUGCAACUAGCAAACAGUCUGGACAUGUCAUCACCAAACCAGUUCGUACUUACAAGAAUUGGAAACUCUUCACUGAUAUAUCCAGUGUUUUACAACCUAACCUCAAAGAAUAUGACUGCAUGGAUUUUGUAUUACAAACAAAAGAAUGUAGCACCUUGGCUUGUGCCUCCAGGAGUAAAAAGUUUAACUUUAUCGUUACACAUACAGAAGGGUCCAGCAGUGUUUGUGUUUGCCCCGACCAAUCCUCUCCUCACAUUUAACCGAUAUCGUGAUAUGGUAAGCUGUUGCUUAGAACUAUAUUUUCUUUCUUUUUUUCUUGCCUCCAGAUGGUGAAAUGAAGCAAAUGAA